AUGCCGCCCAAGCGCAUGACCGCGAACCCGGUCAAGCCAGGACGCUACUUCCCCGGAAAGGCCGCCGCCCCCGAGGAAUCGUCCUCGGACUCGGAUGCGAGCGACGAUGAGGAGGCGGCCGACGACACCAAAGCCCGCGCGAUCCCGCCGCCGCCCAAGGCAUCGAGCGCCGCCAAGAUCGCCAGCAACCUCAGCAAGGUCAAUCUCGACGAACGAAGGCGCGGGGCGCAGAAGAAGGAGAAUCAGAGGAUAGCGCGCGAAAAGGCUGAGAGACUCGCCGCAGAAGAGGGCUUCGUGACGGAAGAGGAGGAGGAGGAGGAGGAUGAUGAUGAAGGUGACGAAGAAGAGAGCUCCAGCGAGGAGGAAAGCAGCAGCGAAGAGGAAGCUCCCCGCCGCCUGAUGAUCCGACCCAAGUUCAUCCCCAAGAACCAGCGCAACGCCGCCAAGGAACAAUCCGCCGCACCAAAGGACGACGAGGCGCGCCAGGCAGAGGAGGAAGCCCGCCGCAAGGCCGCCGCCGACGUACUGGUGGAGGAGCAGAUCGCAAAGGACCUGGCCGCGCGCGCCGCGGGAAAGAAGCACUGGGACGACGACGAGGCGUCGGGUUCGGACGUGGACACGACGGACGAAUUGGACCCGGAGGCGGAGCUGGCGGCGUGGCGGCUGCGGGAGCUGAAGAGGGUCAAGCGCGAGCGCGACCGCAUCGCCGAGCAGGAGGCCGAGUACGCCGAGCGCGAGAGGCGUCAGAACCUGACGCAGGAGGAGCGCGACGCCGAGGACGCCGACAAGCUCGCGCGGCAGCAGGACGAGAAGGACGCCAAGGGCAAGAUGUCGUACCUGCAAAAGUACUACCACAAGGGCGCCUUCUACAGCGAGGAGGCGAAAGCGUACGGGCUCGACAAGCGCGACCUCAUGGGCAUGCGCAUCGCCGACGACGUAAAGGACCGCAGCGCCCUGCCCGAGUACCUCCAAAAGCGCGACAUGACGAAGCUGGGCAGGAAGGGCGGGACCAAGUACAAGGAUCUCAAGAGCGAGGAUACCGGACGGUGGGGCGAGUUCGAUGACCGGCGUGGCGGCGGUGGCGACCGAAGGAGAGGAGGCUUCGACAGAAACGAUGUUGACGAGCGGUUCCGGCCGGACAAUGACCGCGAGGUCAACGGCGCAAACGCUAUCCCCCUGGGUGACCGCAAGGCGCCUUCGGGUGGUGCCAGAGACGACCGUGACAGGCAUCGCGACGGCGAUCGUCGCAGGGGAGACAGGGACGACUAUCGCCGUCGGGAUCGGUCAAGGUCGAGGUCAUCACGCCGCGACGCGCGGGACGACUACAGGGACCGGCGGAAGCGCAGCCCGUCACGCGAGAGAGAGCGCCACGACAGCGACAAGCGGAGGCGAUUAGAGUCUAGAUAA